AUGUUUGCCUCCCGCCACGGCAAACAGCGCCGUGCCGGCCUUCAACACGCCUACAGCCCGUCGUCGCCGCCGCCGCCCCAAGGACAGCGUCUCCCGCGCCAGUUCUCUGCCCGAGUCCACGCUACCGCCGAUUUCACAGAGGCCGACGACGACGACGAAGAGGACGAGGAUGAAUUUGAUCACGACAUUGACAACGGCCGCCCCCGCCCAGACCAGGAUGACGAGGACGCCGUAGACGAUAUGCCAGAUACGGAAGCUCGAGGGCCCGGCGGCCUGCCCGUCCUCCCGCUCUUCUCUUCCAGCCAUCUCGACACCCUCCCCGUCUACAACAUCACUCACGCCAUCCGAAUCAUCGUGUCGACGCGAACCGAGACCUCCCUGACCUGGGAGCAGCUGCGCUCGCCCCAGGUCUCCCAAUUCCUCGUCAAGCCGAUGCAGCAGCAGAUCCGCGCCCAGCACUUCUCCCGCGCCACCCUCUACGCCCUGAUGGCCAACUGCCUGCAGUUCAGCAAGGAGGGCCAGCGCUACGCCGCCAACACGGGCAUCAGCAACACCCGCUCCAAGGUCUGCGAGCUGCUCGCCCUCAAGCUGCUCAAGGAGUACUCGACGCGCGAGCUCAUCGACGCCCUCGCCUACGACUUCUACCCGCUCCAGGGCCUGCCCGGCGGCAUCCCCGAGGACGUUGUCGCCGGCCGCGUCGCCGCCGCCGGCAAGGCCAAGGGCACGCUGACCGCCUCACGCACCUCCACGCUCGAGGUCGCCAUCCGCGCCUCCGCCAAGCACUUCCUCGCCCACCCGGUCGUCGUCCAGCAGCUCGAGGCCAUCUGGAGCGGCGCCAUCUCCUUCUACUCGUCCGCCGACACUCUGCAUAGGGAGGAGGCGCCCGCCGGCUUCUACAGCCACGGCCUCCCCAACGGCGCGCCGGGCGGCAAGCUCGACGACAGGACGCCGCUGCUGGGGGGCGGCGGCGGCGCGGCGGCGCCAAGGCACGCCCAGUAUCACGUCCCCAACGGUCGGCGCACCGUCAUGCUGUACGACCCCCGACAGGCUUCCAUGUUCAAGCUCUCCCGCCUCCGCGUGCCGCGCUAUCGGUCCUUCUUGUCAACACUGUCGCUGGCGGUGCUGAUUGGGCUGUUCUUGGCGGUGCUAAUACAGCGCUCGGUGCACAUCAGCGGGCUGGAGCUGGUCUUUUGGUUCUGGAGCGCCGGCUUCAUGCUGGAUGAGCUGGUCGGCUUCAACGAGCAGGGUUUUGCCUUGUACAUCAUGAGCUUUUGGAACGUGUUCGAUCUUGGCAUCUUGGUCCUGCUCAUCGUAUACUACUGCAUGCGCGCCUACGGGGUCUUUCUUGUAGACCCGCAUCACUGGAACGACAUGGCCUAUGAUGUCUUGGCCGCCAACGCAAUCUUGCUCCUACCGCGCAUUUUCAGUGUGCUUGAUCACUACCAAUAUUUUUCGCAGCUGCUGAUUGCAUUUCGUCUCAUGACGCUUGAUUUGGCUGCCGUAUUUACACUGGUUCUCAUCAUGUGCAGCGGCUUUUACGUCUUUUUCACGUUGUCAAAUGUGGGGAGCGACGGCAGCGAGGUUGCUUACAGGAUCUUUCAGAUCCUCAUGGGGUUCACGCCUGCAGUGUGGGAGGUUUGGCCAACUUAUAACUGGCUGGCUCGAUCGCUGAUGGUUGUUUUCCUUAUCAUUUGUCACUACCUGGUGGUCACCAUCCUCAUUACGGUGCUGACCAACUCGUUUACCGCAAUUGCUUCCAACGCCACAGAGGAGCAUCAGUUUGUCUUUGCCAUCAACACGAUAUCAAUGGUCAAGAAUGAUGCUUUGUUCUCAUACAUUGCGCCCACGAAUAUCUUUGCAUGGGUGCUGAUGCCGCUGCGCUAUUGCAUGCCACUUAGGCAAUUUGUGUGGCUUAACCGAACCAUUAUCAAGGCCACGCAUUUUCCCAUUCUCUUCUGCAUCUAUCUUUAUGAGAGAUUUUGGCUAGCGCCCUCAAUGUUUGAGCCAACCGAUUUAGUAGAAAAUCACGGGCGAGGCAGACGUCGCGCCAUAUCCUUUGGUGAUGCCGUCAACCGCACGGCUAUUUUCAGUCCCAACAUUCGCGUUCGGGAAGAGUCUGUCGCGGGCUACCAAAAAGACCGCGCUUUGGAAGAAUUGUUCAGGCGAGCUCCAGCAAGUGCAACUUUGCGGACACAACGAAGAAAUGAACGACGCAAGACACAGAAUGCCAUUCGCAACUGGAUGGAGCAGCACGAGGAGGACGGCAACGGCACGCACUGGCCAACCAUUGAUAGUCGUGCAGUACCCGACUGGCAAAGACGGAUGAGUGUGGGCUGGGAACGAGGGUCUAAUCUCCGUCAUGUAUCGGAUGUGAGGUCCGCAGCUAGUGACCCGGCUGAGUUCUUGUCUAAUAAUGGAGCCUUUGGUCCGGGAUUGGCGUCUGCCUCGCGUCUGCCGUCGUUCAACGUCGAGUUCAAGGACCAGACGGAUGCGGACGGUGACGACGAGCUUGUGACAAACGACGAGGAUGAAGAGGAUGCGGCCACAAACCUCGGACGAGGCCCUGGCGAGGAUAAGACGCGGCUGAUGACUCGACAGGGAGACUAUUUCGGCCCAGCUCUUGGUGCCAGCGUUGGAAAGUUGGCAUCGUCACACAGCUCCUACGGCGCUGUGCCAUCUAGAGCACCGACCACCCCUCGUGCAACCAACCAACGUCGUGGACUGCAUGGUCGCACGCUAUCGACAAACACAAUAUUGUUCAACCCCGAAGAGGAGACCUCCUUGGCAGCUAAUGUCAUGGCCAAGUCGCCACCCAAGGCGGCGCAGGCCAAGAAGCCCGGUAGUAGUGGCCGCAUUACCACCGGGGAGGGACACACGAGCUCUGGACGGCGCAGCCCGACCAGGAAACCGGCAGCCGUUGUUGAGAUAAAGCCUCGGCCGAUUUUACCCCCGGCAGGUAUGGCCGACGCGGGGGGUGUAAGCCGGACCGCUCUACUCAGCGUGGAUCCCGCUCACGGCCGACUCCGCGACGGUCGUCGCCUGUCAUCGGUCGACCUGAGCGUCAUGUCGGACCAGACCGGCCUGGGCGCGGACGACUCGCAUAUGAACCUGAGCAUGCCGGGCAGCUUCCAGACGCAGAUGGCGAUGGCGAUGAUGAGGGAGAGCCGGCUGCGCGUGGCGCGCGGCAUCGACGCAGCGGACCGCGAUAGGAUGGGCCGGCUGGUGCUGGCGCGCAUGAAGACGCUGGAGGAGAGUUUCGCGGACGUGGUCAAGGAGAUGCGGGAUCUGAAGAACACGUCGACGCCGCCGACGCGAUGGAACUCGUCCAACGAAGGCGGCGGCGCAGGCCCGUCAGAGAAGCGGGCCAAGGGAAGUUCGACGCCUAGCUGGGGGGCCAACAAGCGGCCCGUGAGCCGACGGAGCUUGCGCGAGGUCAAGAUGUCGGGGCGCCCAGAGGGCUGGGGCAAAGGCAAGGGCAAAGGCGUAGCCUACUCAUCUGAUGAGGGAGGCGACGACGACGCUGACGAAGUCGUCUCGAAACGGGCAGGAUCAUUCUGA